CAUACGACUCUAACCUCUCCGUUUUUUUACUACACACAGCCCGCUCAAUCAAGCAAGAAGUCCUGAUAUUACUUCUCUCCUCCAGGUGAAAGGAAGACGAUCGGAGACAUCUGGAGUCCAGUGGAUCCGCCGCUGGAAUACGUAAUCGGGGAAGAUCGGGUUUUCCGCUUCCGAUUGGCCCAGGAGAGAAAUUUGGGGAUAUUUGCGUGUUUUUAAGGCUCUGGUUGAGUGAAUGCUCUCCAUGGUGGAGCACGAAUGAGGAUGGGAAGAAGUUAGGUUUAGUUAUGGAUGGAAGCGGAAGAGGAGGGAGAAGGAUAGGUAAUAUGGUGAAGAACGAACUAGCGGAAGGGAAGAAAAUCUUUGGAGGUGGUGAUAUCGACCCCGACGCUUUCUCUUACAUCGAUGAAAAGAUACAGCAUGUCCUGGGGCACUUUCAGAAAGAGUUUGAAGGUGGUGUGUCAGCCGAGAGCUUGGGUAAGAUACAUUUUAGGAGCAAAGUUUGGGGGAUAUGGCUCAUUUCUUCCAGCAUACCAGCGCUCUCCUUCGAUUAUGUCACAACCAAAAAGCCUAGUGAAGAUGCCGAACCACAAUGUGUCAAGAUCUCCAUGCAACUUAAGCCCAGCGAAGUUGCCGAACCACAAUGUGUCAAGGUCUCCAUGCAACUUGCAACCCGAGGAUGGAAAUCAUUACCCAUCUGUUCUAGCAACAACACCCAUCGCAAGGGCCAACAUUGCAUCUGGAGGACAACUAAGUGAGAAGUCAGGCAAAAGGAAGACAAGCAUUAGCUCAGACAGGACUGAGGCUAUUUCACAGUCCCCUUGUAAGCCAGUCAAUAUCAGUAACCAGAAGAUGCUGAAAGUUCAUAUUAAGGUUGGGCCUGCGAAUGUUUUGCCCAGAAAUAAGCCUGACAUUUACAGUGAUUUAGGCCUUGAUGUUUCUCCAUCUCCAUCUCCACCUCUGGGGGAUAGUCCAAAUGGAGAUGAUCCUGAAUCUCCAGAUGCAUUCCUGGAAUCUCCCAAUACCAUUCUUCAGAUCAUGACAUGCUUUCCAGUUCCGGGAGGUUAUAUUCUUUCACCACUUCCAGAUAGCCUGCAACAUUCAAAUGAAAAAGAGGACAUUUUCCUUAAAGAUUUUAAAACAGGUCUGUUCAAAGGGCAAACCGAAGCUUGUGCUUCUUCAUCUGACACAUCUCUAAGCUUUAAAUUCGUCAAUGGUUCCGCUUGCAAGAAGAUUAAAUCAAGAGACAAGAGUCGGAUGUUAAAGGAAGCAGACAGAUUGACUUGUAAGGGUGAUAUGACAUUUUUUAAGAAGGAAACUGAAGUCGAAGCUCCAGUAGACCAAACUGUUAAUGCCCCUGAUAUGUCACACUCAUCCCGUGCUAGGUGUGGAGAUGCAAGAGAAGAGAGGCAGUUAAAUGGUAGUUCAGAAAAAGAAAUCUGCAAUACGGAUGGUAAUUUCAAGGAUACAAAUAAGGUAUCACUUAAGGAAGAAAUUCCCAUAUCUAAUUUAAGAACGGAUAACCUGGUAGGUUUUGUGGAGGGCAUAAGAAAUGAUUUUACAGGUAAUUCAGUGAAGAAAGAUAUCCAUUCCAAUGGAGAAAUGAAUUCGAUAUCUGGUUUGACAGUUAAAUCAUUUGAAGAAAGAAUUGGAAAUAAUCAAGACACUUCAUGCGAACCAGCAGAAAGGGGGAGUCAAGCCUUAAAUAGUUAUAACGCAACCAAGGCUGAUUCUAGAAGGUAUAAUAAUGGGUCGAAGAAUCAUACUACUGAGCAUGAGGGACCUACUAAUCACGAUCCUUCACAGAAAGCUGGUUCAUGUGAAAAAGAACUCUUGAUGACAAUUCAAGAGAUAGACAAAGCAUAUGGAGGAAGAGUACCAAAGGGAAGCCCUACUUAUGACAGACCAUGUGCAGAACCAUCCAAGGAAAAUCUGAGAACUUCAUCAUCUGUGGCACCUAAUAUAAAAAAUGAAAUAUCUCAUGAAAGUAAAUUGAAAGAACACAAAUUACACAUGAAAGUGAAGAAGGGCAAGGCUGUAGAAUCCCAUAAAGGUUCUUCUAGAUUUAUUGAGAAGUCAAAGGUGAAGCUUGGACUUUGCAAGGCUGAUAAUCUCCAAAUUGCUAAUUCAGCCACUGAUGCGCUGGUUGUUGCUCCUCUUUCAUACCAUGCCCCACCUUCAGAUGCACCUGCUGCAAUUUCUACUUCAGUUAUAAAGGACAACUGGGUAAUUUGUGACUUUUGCCAAACAUGGCGCCUUUUACCUUAUGAAACAAAUCCUGACAACCUUCCGCAAAAAUGGCAAUGUAGCAUGCAAGUUUGGCUGCCUGGAUUGAACAAAUGCUACAUUAGUGAAGAUGAAACAACCAAAGCUUUCCAUCAACUUUAUCAGGUUUUUGCUCCAGUGAAUGGUACUGAUUUGACUGCUCAGCCUGAUGCUGCUGUGCCAGAUACAACUUCAGGUGGCAUUUUAAAUCAUAAUGGAAGACUGGAGAAUAAUGCCUGCAGUGUUCCUAACGGUAUCAAGAAAAAACAUGGAGUGAUGGAUGUAUCAAACUUGUCAAGUUCUGGGAAGAGCUUACAGGCAUCUUCCGAAAAUAGAAGCUUAAAUGAUGUGAGACGCUAUUCUCUGGAGACGGACUCAUCCAUUAAACAUAGAAUACGACAGACAAACAGAUCCGCUGAACUCAUCAAAGAAAAGCACAAUUAUAAAGUUGAAGAGAAGCCCUCUAAAAUCCCAGCGUCCUGUCCAAAUGAAGGUGAUUUAUUAGGAAAAGGUGGGAAAAACUCAAGGUCGAAGAGCAGGAGACAGGUUGAUUUAGAUGGUCAUAGAUCAUGUAAGAAAAUUAAGAGGGAUAGCCUACACUAUUCUGAAAAACAUUUUCAUAAUGAAGAUGAAAUAGUGGCCAAGAUGACCAUCAGUGGGGACUCUGAUUUUCCGCCUAGAGCUUCUAGAAAGGUUUUGCAAAGCUCCAGUGAUCAUUCGUCUAUGGAUUUAAAGUCUAAAGCUGAACCUUCAAAAAAUCCGAAGGAGUCCGUUGGAGCUUUUUCCAAUGGCGAGCACAAAGAACAUGUUAGUACUUCAGAUACAGAAAAACUAAGUAGAUAUGAUUCUAAAGAUAAGAAGAGGGGAGUAAAGGAGUUGCAAGGUAGCGGUACUCACCGUAAGAAUUCAAUGAUCCAUCAACAGCUUGUGGAAAAUAGGUGUAUAAUCAAAGAUGGCUCCAAUGAAGGUGAACUGAGAAGGCAAAAAAAACCUAAGGUAGCAAAGUCUGAGGGACAAGAUUCCAGUGCUGUUAUUGUAGAUCGGAAGAUGGACAAAAAAGGCUGCUUGACAAGAAUCAAAUUCAGCAGUGGCAAGAAGAAUCAACCUGACAAAGUUGAUGAGGAACGAAUACAUGCUUCUGAAUUUAUGGAUGCCAUGAAAAGGGAUGUGAGCAAGGUGCGGCUUGCGAUAGCAGCUACUUCAAGUUCUUCCAAGGCAUCAGGAUCUCAGAGAAGUAAAGUAAAUUUACAAGAAGCAAGAGAAUCACCAGUAGAAUCUGUUUCAUCAUCACCAAUAAGAAUGCCAAACACUCAGAACAACUUUACAAAAGUAAUCGUCUCAACAAAGCAUGAUAUCUUAAGUAAAGCUCCUUCUGUGAAGGAUAAUUUCGAAAACGAUUCUAAGCAGCACAAAGUUCAUGAUUUGAGAGUUGCUGCCACAGGAGAAAGUUGUACUAAGUCCAUUUCACAAGAAGAUCUUCUUCAGGCAUCUUCGAACCAGAAACUAGAGCACUCGAGUCAAAUAAUUGUGGAUAGAUCAGAAAGAAGUUCAGGAAAAGUGAUUCAAACAUCCCAUACCGCUAAAGUUAAACAGAAUGGUUGGGGCUCCCAAACAGUUCCCACGUCUAUGAAAGAAAGAAAUUCAGAGCAAUACCAUGUUGGUGCUGUAAAUGGUGAGGCAUCAAAGUCUGCUAAAAAAUUAAGAAAGUCUGAUGGCCUAGAUGAAGUGCAUUCCAACAAUUUUCCUCAGCCACCCCUUGCUCUGCCGGAGUCUAGUCUAAUGAAAAAGGAUGCGCAUAAUUCUGUUAAUGCAUUUAUACAAGAAGCUAGAGAUUUGAAGCAUACUGCUAGCCGCUUAAAGAAUGACGGCUUGGAACAUGAAAGCAGUGGCAUAUUUUUUGAGGCUUCCUUAAAGUUUCUUCAUGUCGCUUCUCUCAUGGAGCCUCCAAAUGCUGAGUUUGUUCGACAAGGGGAUUUGUUUCCAUCAGUGAAAAUGUUGAACAUGUAUGUUCAAACUGCCAAGUUAUGCGAGUUUUGUGCACAUGAGUAUGAAAAUUUGAAAGAAAUGGCUGCCGCUGCUUUAGCAUACAAGUGUGCGGAAGUGGCAUAUAUGAAGGUUGCUUACUUCAAGCAUCCCAGUGCUAGCAAAGAUAGGCAUGAGCUUCAAGCUGCGUUAGAUGCGGCACUGCCAGGGGAGUCACCUUCGCCAUCUGCUUCUCAUGUUGAUAUUCUAAAUAAUCAAGGUAAUUUUGAAAAGGUUGCUUCAGCUAGGACUACAGGCUCUCCUCAGCUUGCUGCCAAUUUUGUUACUCAGAAUCGUCCCCAUCUUAAGCGGUUGCUCACUUAUACAAAUUACCUAAAUUUCGCUUUUGAAGCCGCAAACAAAUCGCGGAAUGCUAUUGCGGCUGCUAGUAUUGACUUAGACAACGACAGGGUUGGAAGUGUGUGCUCAGUCAGAGAAGUUCUUGAUUUUAACUUCAACAACGUGGAAAAACUCCUGCAACUUGUACGGGGAUCACUGAAGUCUAUCAGCCGUUAAACAUGUAAAGUGCUCUAAAUACGAAUGUCGUUUCUGUGAAUAGAUACCGAUUAGUCUUAUGUUCCAUUCCAUCAAAUGACUUGAAGAAGGAAUGGUAAGAGUUGAUUUUCCUUAUGUUUUGAUGGUUAAGUUCCUUGUACAGAUUUAAUGAGGUUUACAACUUGAAUCGGCUUGUAACUUGUAAAUAGAUUUUCUUCAUUUAAGGAUUUUUUUAUUAAUAAGAUAGCUUAAAUUUUUUUAUCCA